CCCUUCUCCUUCUCUCCAUCCAUGGCCUUCGACGAUGAGCAGCUCCGACGAGCAGCUCUCCAAGGCCUUCUACGAGCUCUCCGCCAUCCUCCUCUCGAUCCUCCGCUCGCCGCCUGGAUCCGGUCCUCCGCCACGGCGGAUCCAGGCGGUGCCGAGAUCUCCGUCCGCGAGGCGGAGCAAGAUGACGCCGGCGGCGUUCGCUUCCCUCUUGCUGGGGGUUUAGUUCGCUAUGAUGCUUUCUGGAGCGGUGACGUUCGUGAUUGGGAUUAUGCUGAUGCCUUGGGUGCUAGGGUUUGUGAUGGUGUUGUAUUUCGUCGGGAUUGUUUCGAGCUUGUCGGCGAUGCUUUGCCCUAGCUCGUGGGUGGCGGG